AUGCAAGCUAUCAAGACGCAGGCACGCGUGCCUGUUCAGAUAAUGAACCCAUUUACGCAAAGUUCACGUUUACAAUACACGACAAAUUCAAAAUCAUUACCCUCCUUAGCCAUCAUUGAUGACUACCUCUCCAUUUCCACUCCUCACUUUGAUCACAUCCCCCGAUCUGAUAUUACGAUCGAUGUUUUUAAAACACCCAUGCCCCAGCAAACUCCCCAGGAACGUCGAGCUCUCAUUGAAAAUCUCAAGCCCUUUACGGCCAUCUCAACCAUGCGAGAGAGAACACCUUUUCCAGCCUCUCUUCUCCAAGAACUUCCCAAUCUGAAAUUUCUCCUCUGCACCGGAACUCAAUUCGAGACGUUUGAUCUCGAAGCUGCCAAAAAGUUGGGAAUAACGGUAGUAGCAGCACCAGGAAAGGGCCGGACUGACAGCAAGAUCCCCGAGUCUAAGAAAGGACAGGACAUCCGCAAGGGAGGCAAUCAUCCUACUACACAUCACACAUGGGCUAUGAUUCUAGCACUAGCACGGAAUGUGGCAUUUGACGAUGCUUCCGUAAAGUCGGGCGGUUGGCAGACUGGCAUGGCAAUGGGUUUGCCUGGGAAGACGCUUGGUGUGCUCGGCAUGGGCCGGCUGGGUGCUUCUGUUGCAAGGGCAGGCAUAAUCGCUUUCGGGAUGAAGGUCGUGUGCUGGAGUCAGAGUCUUACACAAGAAAAAGCAGACACCAUUGCCAAGGGUCUGAGUCUGCCUACGGAGUCUGAAGAUGGUAGCAAGACCUUCCAAGUUGUGAGCAAAGACGAGCUCUUUCAGAAAUCCGACGUGGUGUCUUUGCACUAUGUCCUCAGCGAACGUUCCAAAGAUUUGGUGUCUAGGAGGGAACUAGACAUGAUGAAAAGGACUGCGCUGCUGGUGAAUACUUCUCGCGGGCCGCUCAUAAGUGAGAAUGACCUGCUACACGCUGCAGAAGAAGGCAAAAUACGUGGAAUCGGUCUUGACACGUUUGAGUACGAGCCCUUACCAGCUGACAGCCCGUGGAGAUCUCAGAAUUGGGGUCGAGACGGCCGAAGCAAGGUGCUUGUGACACCGCAUAUGGGAUAUGUCGAGGAAGGUUUGAUGAAUAACUGGUAUGCUGAGACGGCAGAGAAUGUGGAGAGGUGGUUGGCUGGAAAGGAGGUAUUACACAGGCUUGUGUAG